AUGCAAGAGCCGGUGGAGAGCUGGGGUGCGAAGGAAGUGUGUGACUGGGUGGAACACCUGGGGCUUGGGCAGUAUCGAAAAAGAUUCCUGCACCAUUCCAUUGCCGGUCCCCUGCUUCUGCAGCUCACAGACACCCACCUCAAGGUGGACCUGGCAAUUCCCUCUCUUGGCCACAGGAGGGGCCUUUUAAUGGCAAUCCAGGACCUGAGAGCGCACCCUCCAGCCAGCAGCCCCCAGGGGCACUGGAAUAGCGGGACCAGCGAGACAGGCAGCCCCUUAUCCUCACAGCCCUCUCCUGCUGCUACAAGCGGCAGGGGGGACGGCAAAAAUCUUGGCAACCCGUUUGCAGUGGAGCACCAGCGUGGCCUGCUGCAGCGCCACCUAGACAAGGCCAGGGCACGCGCUGCUCUGCGCCAAGCGGCUGCGGGGCAGGCAGAGCGGAACGUGGCGCUGGCGAGGGAGGAGAUUCAGAGGCUGAAGGGGCAGCUGACUGCCCUGGACCGCAGCCGCAGCAGCGCUGCCAGCCAGAGUGGCGGCGGCAGUCACGCCCAUGGCAUUGACAGGCACGCUUGCCUUGCCUGCCGCUUUGACAAGCAAGGGACUGUGCCGUGGCAGCCGACAGGAGUCCGCAGGCAGUCUCUGUCCAGCGGUGGACUUGGAUCAGCCACCAUGCAGGAAGAGAAGCAGCGCAUCCACAGCAGGGAGAGCGGGGGGCAGAACUCAGCUAGGAACACAGAGGCCCAGGACAUCAAGUUUCUGCAGGAAUUUGCCGCCUCCCGCACGGACAUGGCCGACAUAGCAGCCGCGCUCUCAUCCUCCCACAUGCCUCUGCCUGAGGCUCCUUCAGCCAGGUCUGCCGAUGUUCCAUCCUCGGCAGCGGAGCCCACAGCCGAGGAAGCUGAAAAUGGCGGUGGGGAGGAGGUACCCGCCCCGCUGACCAGGGAGGGUGCCUUAGAGGUGCUUGCAGAGCGCUGCAAACAGGCGCUCGGCUUCAGCAGUACCCAGGUCGAGGCGGUUCGGAAGGGGUCCAGGGCCGGCAGGGGGCGCAAGUUGGCAGCAUUAAUCCGGUCAGCCACAUUCAUGCAGCGCUACAGGAGCGAUCUAGAGACCAGGGACGCCCGUCUGCAGGAGCUUGCCGAGGACUGGUUCAAGCGGACGCAGUACAGCGACAAGGCGCCGGAGGGCCGGCAGGUGCGCUUCCACAAGCCGGCACUCACCGCGGAGCAGCGCGAGGCGGCCGACGUUGAAGCUGCGCGCCGACACUUUACCUCCCUCGGUUGGGAGCCCGCUGAGGUGGCGGCUGCUGACAUGGACGCCUCGCUGGACGCCCUGCUGGCGCGCGCGCGGUCGCUGCAGGAGUUUGCAAAGCGCUGCCGAACACUCGCGCCGUCGGCCAGGGCCGCCGAGCAGCCGCCGGCCUUCGGGGGGGACGGGCUGGACAGCCUGCAGCACUGGUACAUAGAGAGGCAUCCCAAGGCCGACAACCUGAAGGGCACAGCGGAGCAGCAGCAGAGCCCGCUGCAGGAGAGCGUGGAUCUGCUGAAGGAGUGCCGGGAAGACCAACUUGCCCACCUGGAGCACCUCAAGGGCGCCCGCAAACUGCUCGCCGUCUACAGGGCGGUGCGUUCGCAGCGGUUCGUGCGGGAUACGGAGGCGGAUGUGCGCGCGCGGGAGCAGCGAUCGGCUGCGGCGCUGGCCGCGCUUGAGCCGGUGCGCAAGCAGCUGUCGCCCGCUGAGGCCGACGCCUUCUACAGCCGCCUCGUCGAAGACAGCGAGCGCCGCGUGCGCAACAGGGAGGAGCUGCGGCAGAAGGCGUUCGAGGCAGAGGCCAAGAAACAGAAGGAUGCGCAAGAGGAGCUCAAGCUGAUGCACCGGAAGUCGCGCGCGCAUGCGCACGCAGCCAAGUCACGGCCGCAGUCUUUGCCGGGGUUUGCAGGAAUCUCUGCCAGCAACCCUUUUGGCAUAGGCGCCAGCAAGGGAUCGGAUGCAGCUGACAAGCAGCGUUCAGGUGAAGAGCAGAAGGGCAAGGGUGACAAGGGAGGGAAGGAUGGUGAUGCCCAGGCCAAGUCCAAGGCACUGGCAGAGGGUCAGAAGGAGGAACGGCACAGGAAGGACGAUGCUGCAGGCAGGUCGAACAACAAAGAGCAGCACAGCAACAGCGACAGAGACAAGGGUCAGGAAAGCAGAGCAAAGCAGCAGAAGGAGCGAGAGGCCAAGGAGAGAGCAGCAGAGAGUCAGAAAGGGGAAUCAGAGCAGAAGAACACAAUGCAAGCAAACGUAGCAAGGGGUUUGGUGGGCAUCUGGAGGGAGUUCAACGAAGAAGAUGACAAGAAGGCCAGCGGCAGGAGCAGCGACGAUGACACAAAGCAGGCGUCAGAGGCCUCAGGGAAAGAAGGGGAGGGCAUAGUGCCAGAUGACUCAGGGCCGGUGGCGCGCAUCGUGGCGUACAGUGACAGUGACAGCGAUGAGCCGCUGCCCCUGCCCUUCCAGAAGCAGCGGGACAAGGCGUCCGCCACUGCAUCGGACGCCGAAGCCGAUGACGCGAGCGUUUCCGAGCCGGAGGGCGGCAAGAAGCGCAGAUGGCCCUGGCGCAGCCUUGCAAAGCGCCUGCCGGAAGAGGUCCCGCCGGAUGUGAGGCAGAGGGGCCUGGCGCGCGCGACGGCUGCGGCGCGGCGGCUGGGCCGGCGUCAGGUGGCGUCGGUGAAGGACGGGACGGCGCUGGCGCUGCUGCUCAAGGUGCUGCUGGUGGCGCUGUUGCGGCGCUUCCAGCCCAAGGCCGUGGCUUCCUUCGAGCUGCUCUCCCUCGCCGUGCCCCUGCCGGACCUGCUCGCGCACUGGAUGGUGGGUCCCAGGCUUUUGUUCAGGCAACUUCUCCACAGGUCCCUCUUUUCUGUCAGCAGCGUCAGUGUGCGCUCGUACACGCCGUUGAUCAUGUUCUGCACCUCCUUUGUCGAUGAGAGACGGCCGCCGGUAUUAGACAGCUUCCCGCUGGCCCUGAGGAAGACGGCGCAGGAUGUCGCGGCCUUUUCUGCGCCGCUGCUCCUGUCCCGAGUGUGUGGCACGAUUGCGGCUCUGCUCGUCCCCCGCCGGCCGCCCAGGCCCGUCAGGCGAAGCAUCAGCGAGAGCGUGCUGGUGCUGCGGGAGAUGGCAGCGGAGGCAGGAGAGGACGAGCAGCUGCCGGGGCGGCCGCUGUUGGGCGCGCCGGAGUUCGCGUCGCACCUGGCGGCGCACCGGGCGGCGGAGCACGCGGAUGAGCUGGCGGAGAUGGUGCGCGUUCUGGACGCCAAGGGAGUGCAGCUGCCGCCGGAACGCUUCGACGGCAGCAAGGCUGAGCUUCUGCGCUACGCCGCUAGCUGCGGUCUGCUUGAGGCAUCGAGUCCGGAGGAGCGUGCGGUGGCAAUUGAGGCGGCGGCACAGGGCAUUUUGGAAACGUUGCAGUGGCGGCAGAAGAGGAAAUUCAUGACGCCCCAGCAGCUGCACCCCUGGGACCAGCUCAUCCAGUGGCAUGGGAGCGACGAGGAGGGCCACCCAAUUCUGCUGCUGCACCUGGCCAGGAUGUGCAACGACUGCCAGAGCACAGAGCAUGCCCAGCAGGCCGCAGAAGCCGUGGAGUUGGCGGUGCGGCGGCGGCUGGACAACGAGGUGGGCCCGGAUCAGCUGGUGGCCGUCAUCGAUGCGCGCGGCGCAUCAGCGCUACAGGUCACGCGCAAGGUCACGCUCAUCAAGGAGACCGCCCUCGCCCUCAACCAGCACUAUCCGGGCCGCCUGCACCGGCUGUAUGUGGUGGGCCUGCCGGCCAGCCUGGCAUGGGUGGUGGACACCAUCCGCCCAGUGCUGCACCCGGCCACGGCCGCCGCCGUGCGCACCUGCGAGGCCGAUGAGGCCUGCCUGCCGCUGCCGCCCCACGUGCUCAACCCCGCCCCCGACUCGCCCUGCACCCCCGUCGACCACGCCCCCAACGGCACGGACACGGAGUCGGAUUACUGCACGCCGCGGAGCACACUGGCGCUGCCGGACGUGCCGGAGCUGAGUGAGAUGUCAGUGCCGGCACCCUCCAUCAUCCGAACCACCCCCUCCUUCGCCGACGCAGCCGCAGCCUCCUGCUCUGUCGGCAAUAUCAGCGCCCGCAAGCGCGUGUUCAUCCCCGAUUCCCCCGUCACGCCUGUCACCGAGCAGAGGCGCGUCCUGCUGACGCCGCGGCCGCUGCGCCGCUGCGCCAGCUGGCGAAGCGCGGGCAGCGCAGAGCCCAGCCCGCGGCUGCGCCCGUCCCUCAAGCGCUCCUCCUACAGCGGCGGCGGCACUAGCAGCACUGCCGGCCCCGGCGGCGGCGUCUCGGAGGCCGGCCGCGCGCCGAGCACGCUGCGACGGUCGUCGUCGUUUCCGCGGUCGCACUCUCUGGCGCGCACGCUGUCCCUGGGGGACAUCCUGGCGGAUAAGGAGGCGCUGGAUGUGGCCGAAAUUGAGGCCUCCUGCGAGGGCAAG